CACCUGCAGUAUAGGGUUUGUCUUUAAGGUUUUCAUACUUAAAGAAGGACGUCUUGUGAGGCAUUUUUAAUUUAUGUAUGGUUCAAAACAUGAUCAAAGAAUGGUCUAUAGACGUGUGAACUCUGUUGUGCAGUAACUCGCAAAUGUUUUUUCCAAGGGAAAAGGCUCUCACUCAGGUCUCAAGAGACUAAAGUGUCCUUUGGGUUCGGAUUAUAACUUAAUACCGUCAAUGUGGAAUUCGGGAGCAACGAUCUUCCUCGGAUGAGCCCACAUUGGUCCAUUGGCUGACAUAAUGCUAUAGCCCAGCAAAGGUCCACGAUUCUUAGACAAAUAAGAGGGCUUCCCCAGGUUAAACCAUGUAUUAAGGCUAAUUUUCUUCACCGUAUCUCCAUCUGCUGUGCACAAUAGCUACAUAUUUCGAGUUGGAUACAUGAACGUUGGUCCUGCACAAAUUCAAAUCCAAAAUAGCAGUAGAAGUAGCACUGUAGAUUACUCCAGAGGGUACCAAAAAAGAUGGGAAGUGAUGGCAAGAUACAGGAAAGACUCGGUAGCCGGGCAAUGCACCCUUGUCACACAAGCAAGAGUCUCAUCUGUAUUGGGCAGUUACGUAUGUCAGAGUUAACCGAAGAAAUGAAACUUUAUUGAAGUUACAAUCACUUCAACAAUUCCGUCUCCUUCAAUUUUCUCUGCCUUUCGGAGUUGGAAGUGGAACAAUAUAAUAUUUCUAGGGUUUCUUUCAUACGAUGGAUUUUUCUUGUCCCUCCCGAGUAGUUUGGAUUUAGAUUUAUCAAAUUAUCGCAUUUACCAUAACAAGGCCCAAGUGUCUCGAUUGUUCUGUAUUUACUUUAUUUAGAUUGGGCUGGAGCCCUGCAUGCAUGAAGCCCAACAAGAAAAUUGAGAGAGGAAUACAAGAAAACAAGAGACACAGAGAGAACAUAGACGAGCUCGUGAAUGUUAAUCUCCCACAUAGAAAACCCUAGUUUUCACCGUCUACCUCCUCAAUUCCUUACCUCUCUAUCCACUCUAUUUCUCUUUUUCAUAUUCUGCAUCUGUUUUUUCCCUUUCUUGUUCUCUCUUCAUUCUUCCAUUCUACCCUAAACCCUAAUUUCCUCAAAUCUAGGGUUUACUUUGCCUUUCCCAUUUUAUAAUUUUCUGUUCAACAUGUUGGCUAUCAAAGCGUGAAAAUUUUUCCAAAAAAAUAAAAAGGCCGGGGUUUUCAAACUGAGAGGGAACGGAAUUAUGUAUAAAGAUCGAGGAGGAGUUGCUGGUGGUUCAUCGAGAUCGGAGAUCGAACGAAAGCGCAUAAACGAUGCGCUGGACAAGCACCUAGAAAAGACAUCCCCUUCCACUUCACGUGCCUUGAGCAGUAAGGACAAAGAGAGAUUGUCCGUACCAUCCACUUCCACCGGUAAAUCUCAGCUCGAUCAUCGCGAUUCUCGCUCUGGUUCUCUCUCCAAGAACAAGUGUUCCGAUGAGGAAUCAGAGACUGACAGUGAAGAAUCAGAUGUUAGCGGUUCUGAUGGAGAUGACACAUCCUGGAUAUCAUGGUUUUGCAAUUUGCGAGGAAAUGAAUUUUUCUGUGAAGUUGAUGAUGAAUACAUCCAGGAUGAUUUUAAUCUUUGUGGUUUAAGCAGUCAAGUUCCAUAUUAUGAUUAUGCACUUGAUCUGAUUUUGGAUGUUGAAUCCUCUCAUGGUAAUAAUUAUUUUUUGUAAUAACUGGCAUUUAUUUUUCAAGUUUAUGUCUGGGGACUUGUGUGAUUGUUUAUUCCAUUAUUCAACCUGUUAAGCCUAUAUUUAUAAUUGAAUUGUUUGUCUGAUGUGCCUUCGGGAUUAUAAGCUUUUAAAUUUAUCUGUCAUUUUUUAAGACAUAGUGUAUUAAGCAUAUACUGGCACAUUGCAUGCCUCAAUAAUCUACAACCCUGAAAUGCAAAUGCCGAGCUAGUCUUUUUUGAGUCUUGGUGAAAACUCAUUUUGCUAAUUACUUUGCUGUUAACAUGGAGAAAGUAUUCUAUCUUGGCUUUACUGAUUAAUGCUAUCCAGUGAAGUU